AUGAAAUAAAGAAUUGAAAAUGGGAAAAAAAAAGAAGAUGAAGAAAAAAGGAGAGUGACGGCUCUGCUUCUGCAUGAAACGGGCGGCUGUUCUUCAAAUCACGUAUCCUUCCAUUAUCUCAACUCUCAAGAAAACCCCCAAAGACAGAAAGAAAAAAAAAAUAAAAGUUCACAAACGUUCAAACUCAAUCACAGUCUUUUUCCCAUCGAAAAAGAACGAGUCCCCUGUUUUGUUCUGUUGAGUUCGAUUUUGAAAAUUCAUAGAAAAGUUGCCUUUUGUGCCUUACCCCCUUUUUCAUUAAAGGCAAGAUUGAGGGAUUGUGUUUUAAUUCUGAUCUUUCAUGGCGUACAACCUACUUUAUCCAUAAUUCCUCCCUUUCUCUCUUCUCUUUAUUCCUUCUCCUUCUCUGUUUUUCUCCUUAUAUUUUUCCCAACUCUUCACAAACAGACUACUCUGCUCGUUUCUGGUUCACUCCUAUUCCACAGUAGUACUUCAGUAUUUGUAUGAGGUGAAGAAUCUGAUGGAAAACAAGCAAUUGGAUUUUAAUCAGCCGUUUCUUUCUGUGAGGCGGGUUUCGUCUAUGGAAACUCCGUCAGACGCUAACGGAACAGUGAGAACAGAGAAUCGCUGGCCGCCUCUUCCUGUCUAUAAGUCGAAAUUGAUCUCUGGUUCAUUGAGGAAUCCGGGGAAUGUUCCUUUUCUAUGGGAACAUGCCCCAGGAAGGCCUAAAGAUGGAAGAAAGUCACGAACUAUAGAUUGUAAAUCGACUUCCGCCGCCCCAAAACACUCUCCUGGGAUGUUUCCAGAUUCAAAGCAAGAAUAUUGUAAGAGACAAGGCUCAACAAGUUCAAAUUCUGCCCAUUUUCCUUCCCAUAAAAACAUGGUCAAGUUUAAGACCUUGAGGGAGAGGAUUGAGAGGGAUUUAAGUGAUUCAGAGGAUGAAGAAGAGAAUUAUCUCGAAGCAAAUGAUACCCUUUCUAGAUCUGAGUCAUUUUCUAUGAACUGCAGUGUAACUGGUUUGAGUGGAUUGGAUGACGGUGAUGUUAAAUCAACGGGAUCGUUCUCAAAAGAUCAUCAAACUCGCGACUUCAUGAUGGGACGAUUCCUGCCUGCUGCCAAGGCAUUGGCUUCAGAAACACCUCAAGUUUCUCUUAGAAAGCCAAGUUUUCAAAGAGAGCAGCAAAGAGUAGCAAAGAAGUUGGUUGAAAUGGAAAAGCAGCAGCGCCGAGUAAAUUCGCUUCCAACAACGUUGCCAUCGUAUUUUGCUCCUCCGAAUACACAUGACUACGAUGAAAUUAGUGUAGAUGGUGAUAUGAAUGUAGAUGAAUCUGAAUACUCAUCUACCAAAUCUUGUGGUUUCUUCGCUCGGUUUUGCUUGAGUGAUUCCUUUUGCCUUCUACACCCGCUUCCCGGGAUGAGAACGCAAGGCUCAUCUGUUACUUCAGCUCAAAGAGUUCAGAAUGAUAAUUUGACUGAUAGAUCUUGCGGCAGCAUUAAGAAUCUUCAGAAUGAGAAAAAAUCGCUCAAUGGGAACCAGAUGGUUGAGCUACACGAAGAAAGCACCGUGCUUAGUGGUCAAUCAAAUAGAAAGAGCACAUCAAACGACUUGAAAAAACAAUACAAAAAUCUACUUUUUGAAGGAAAAGCUGUUCCCAAUGACCCUGAAAGAGUUAAGAGCUCCAAAGUUCACAUUGAACCACAUGGAAGUGGAAGAACCAAAUUUCGUGAAUUAUUGGCAAAUGAACCAUCUUCAGUGAGCUCCUUUGUCGUUGAGAAAACCUUGCACGUAGAUUCUGUUCGCAGCAUAAAGUCUCAAAGUUCAAAUUCAAGCUCCACAGAUACAAAGGGAACAGCGGAUUUCUUGAUGAAGAAUCAUGAUAAGUCAACAAGAAGCAGUGAAAGUAAAGAGAUUCUUCAUUUGGAUUCUAAUGCUGAAGGUGAAAAUAAGAGGUUGAGCUCUACAAGUAUGGAGUCUAUGGAUUCGGGUUCAUCUUAUUAUGAUGCAAAAGCGAACUCAAUGGCUACAUUAUCAAAAGAAAAAGUGGCAGAUGAAAGAACAAUUGAUUCUCAAAGUGAUGAAUCAGAGAGAUCAGGCAAUCAAGAAAGUUUAGAAAGCCUUCAUCAUAAAAAGUCAAGUCAAGAAAGCUCAGAUGGCUCUUUUCAGGAUUUUGUCUCAUUUACAAGUUCAGAAGCUUCGAAGUUACAUUUAAAUAGGAAAGUGGUAAAGGGGAAUUGUAAAGGUCAUGACCAGGAUUCUAUCACAUUGACAAGCUCAAGAUCAGCCUCAACUCAAGGCAAAAUCGAUCUCGAAAGCGCUUGUCAACCAAAAAGAUCUCUGCCCAUUUCUUCACAACUUGAACUUGCUCCACCCCUACCGAAAUCUCCAUCUGAGUCCUGGCUUAAGCGCACGUUGCCAACCAUUUCGUCAAGAAACUUGAUGCCAAAGUCUACUCUUGCUACUCGUAAUUACACUACAAGGCAAAACACUGUUUUCUGAUCUCAAAUGGGAAGAUAUUGCUAAAAGUCACUGCUUUCUAGUUCUUCAAUGAUGGAAAUUGGCCAUCAAGAUCACAAUUGUACAUGGUUCUCUUGCUGCUGCCAUUUGAGAUACUUUAUGGAGAAGUCCAUUGUAAUUUGUAGUAACUGGAAAUGGAAGUAGUACAUAAGAGAGGGAGAAUUUGUCUUGGUAAAAAUGUGGGAAAGUGGUAAGAAUUGUAGAUGACCAAAAAGUUAUUUAAAGUGCUUUAUACAAAGUAACUAUUACUUGCAGUGUAAGCAUAAGAUGGAAAAAAAUAUGUCAUGUUCUGUUGCUUCAA